ACAUCACUAACUAGAAGUUUCGCAAAGGACUUCCCGUGACUUUCACCAUGUCCUUCAGCACGCAGCAGGAAUUCUUCAGCGUAAGCUUCCCAAAUGAAGAACCAAAGCCUCCAACGCGGAAGCGCAGCGAUGGCGCCAUCAUGACGUACGAUUUCUGUACCGAUGGCCGCGCCUGGGCGCUGGACAAGGCCAAGCGGUCCAACUACAUAUUGGACAUUGUCCACAAGACACGGUUCAAGCGAGCGCUGGCACAUCCGGAAGGAGAGUUCGAGCUGUCAAAAGACUACCUGGUCAACCUGGAUGUUGACGACCUAGCGGAAUACGCGCUCAGCUUGCAAGCUGAGAUCAAGCGGAAGAACGAAAAGGUGAAGAAGCUGGAGGGCAAGCAGAAAGUGUUACAAGAUCGGAACACUCCAGAAGAGCAGAAGCUCAUCCAACAGCAGUCCGCCGAACUGCAGCGCGAACGUCAAGAGUUCGACCAACAGAUAGCGGACCUCGAGGAGGACAUCAUCCAGUGGCGGGACCGUGCCGAGCGGUACGACCUGCUGGCAAAGGAGAACGAACUGCUGCGGCAGCAGCUGCAGAAGCAGCGCAUCGAAGCCGCCGACAAGAUGCGGCUGAUCAACGCGGAAGCCGAAGCAAGCUUCAACCGGAUGAGGGCGGAAGAGUGCGAGCGGCUGGAAGCGGAGUUGAUUCUGUACCGGACGCAGUACGACGAUCUGAGGGCGCAGAAGCGGGACCUGAAGGAACAGCUGCAGCGAGCCGCCACUCGGCAGAACAAGGUCGGAGAGCUUAAGCGGCAGCUGGCAGUGGAACGAGCCCACCGGGAGCAGGUCGAGGAAGAGAUGGAACAACUGAUGGAACUGUUUGACAAACAGACACAGGAAGUUCAGCGAAGAGGCAGCUUACCGGUAGCAACUGAGCAACGUGACAAGAGAUCAUCAAUCCAGGAAGCUAGAAAGCCCGUUGAGGACAUCGCUGUGGAAAGUGCUCCAACAAUACAAAAACCAACCGCUCAGGACGAAAGCCCAAUCGUGAAAGAACAAGUAGUCGAAAGCUGCUCAAACUGCCCCAAGCUGCAAGCGGAGCUGGACAACGCCAAGGAGUCACUUCGCAGCAAUCAGGAACAAGCUGAACGCGAAAAGCAAUCUCUAAAGGAGCAACUUGAAUCAGCAAUCAAGCAGGUUGAAGAAGUUCGAUCAACACCACCACCAGCUACCAUACUGCCUCCAGCAGGAUCCAACAAAGCUGACGGUCAACUAGCUGAGCUGGCAGCGCAGCUGCAGCAGUGUCAAGCCGACCUCAAGGCUUCACAAGACAGUGAAAAGUCGCUUCGCGAGCAAAUCACCUCGCUGCAGAAAGAUUCAGCGCAGCUGGAGUCGAAACUAGCGGACGAGACCAAAAAGUCCGAACAGCUUGCGGCGGAAGCUACCAACGCGAGCAUGCUGACUGCCGAUCUGCAAGCGAGCCUACAAGCCAAGGACGCGGCACUGUCGGCAAGCGGCGGAGCUGGUGCGCAGCUCGUUGAGCUGCAGAAGCAGCUGGACGAGGCGAAGCGGACGCUGCGCGAGAAGGCUGACCAGCUGGAUGUGGUGAGCAAGGAGAAGGAGCAGCUGGGAGCGAAGGUCGACGGGUUGGAAGUUGCGCAGAAGGCGAAGGAUAAGCAGCUGGAAGCAGCUCGGGUUGAGCAGAAAGGUCAACCUGUGGUGACGGCACCGAUGGACACUGCCGAACUGGAUGCUCUUAAGAAAAGUAACGAGGAGCUGAAAAAAGAGGUUGCGAAUCUGAAGGAUCGGUUGGUCGCAGCCGAAGGUCUUUCUAAGGAGCUUCAGGAAGGUGCUGGCGAUCAAGCUGAACUGCUGAAAACAGUUGCUAAUCUCAAGGCGGAGGUGCAGAAGGCUGCGGAAGAGGCGCAAGCGAAGGAUGCGGAGAUGAAAUUCCUCGAGAAGGAUGUUGAGUCGGCUAAGGUGCAAGCUGAAGCUAAGGAAGUCGAGAUGAAGCAGCUGGAGAAGGAAAUAGAGUCCGUGAAGGCGCAAGCUGAAGCAAAGGAAGCGGAGAUCAAGCAGCUGGAGCAGGUUGUCGAAGCAGUGAAGGUGGAAGCCGAGAAAGCCAAGGAAGUGUCUGUGGAGAAGCUCAAAGAGGUAGUUGAACCGGUAGCGGCAGUAGAACGCGUAGAGGAGCAACAACUGGAGAUUGUUGAGGUGGCUGAAGAGAUAGCAGUCGUUGAAAAAUCAGCAAGUACAGUUGCGGUCGAAGGUGUCGAGGAAGCUGGACCAACCGCGGCAGUCGCUGAAGAACCAAUUGAAACCCCGGUGGUAGCGGAAGAGCUAGAAGCCAUAUCAGCAGCAAUCUUCGACGAGGGCACUGAAUCAGCUGCCAAGGCUGCGGAAGUCACCGAGCAACGACAAGCGAGUGCAAUCGAGGAUCUGCAGAGAAGGUUGUCCAGAAGUCAGGAGCACAUUGCAGUUCUACGACAGCUGGAGGAAGCUGAGGGCGAACCUGGAGACGAAAUAGUAGCUGAUGUCGAAAAUGUUGGUGAGCGAGAUGUGGCCCCAGAAGAAGAUUCAAGACAGCCUGCCGUGCUGGAAGAACUGGAUGAAGGAUCCACCCGGUUGAGUGUUGUGAUGGAUGAGGAAGCUGGUGGUGAAGGACCAGGACGGACUCCGUCCGUGGUUGGAGAUCCUCUGCUGGACAUCUGCAUCGUUGGAGAGUCAGACUUUGACAAAACUAAGCGGAUUGCCAUUAAGAUUGUUCGUCAUGGAAUCAAGAUUCUAACCUGGUCCGAGCUGGACUACCUGCACCACGAGAUCUGCAAGGCAAUGAUCGAGCGGUUCCGCAGUCUCGGUCAGAACGUGCAGGCCAUCGACAAGGCGAUCGGAACGUGCAACGAGAUUCUGGCCGCGGUCAACGCGAUGCAUAACAGCGAGAUGGCUGGAAUGAUUUCGUCGGCGGCGCAGGUUCCCAUACGGAAUCCGACCCUGCUGGAGGACGAGAUACCGGUUCGGCUCGCUCCAGAAGUUCCACGGAUCAGCAUCAAGCCAAAGCGGACUGGUUCGGAGGCGCAGGUGUUUGCCAUGUUUACCGAGGGACUGCCGGCAAACAGGGCCAAGCCACGAGUUCUAGUGGAUUACAAGUCUUGUAUGACCCGAUCGUGGGGACCUCCCAAGACACCAACCGAGACUAUCAUUAGUACUACGCUAGCUGAUGGAUCUCGAUUGUAUGCGCGGCAGAAGCGUCACUAGAAUGUCAAAAUUAAUUAUU